UCAAAAAAAAAAAAAUUAAUUAAUAAAAUAAAAGCAAAAUUUAAUUCUCUCCGUCCAAGCGAUAACCUCACGUAAAACAACUUAAAACCCCACAUCAAAAUAAUGUCUUUAACAAAGUCGGAAGGUGAUAACAACAUCGCCCAGCUGAACGGUCUGGAUAUGCGUGUCAGAUCACCGUUUCAACCAACCGAAAACACCGCUGACGAAUUCACUCUGGAAACGUUUAUCAACAAUCUACAAUUAGAUGUAUAUCGUUUGAUGAAUGACGAAGAGAGAAUUGAAUAUUUGGAACGGUUUGAUGCCUUGGACAUGUUCAUGGCCGUGCAAGAAAUCAAUCGUGAAUUGGCUGUAGUCAAGUUGGAAAAUCAUUUUCUAACAGAUUUUCUCGAACGUAAUGAUCCGAAAAUGUUGAUUGGCCUAAAGACCAGACGUAUGACAGCAUCAUUGCAGCGACGCGUUACAACCACACCCAGCUCUGGCGGCAGCGCACGACUAUCGACGGCAACACCGAGGCGUUCGAUUGGUUCGAGACCCUCUGAAACUGUCUCCAUGUACAAUACAAGUCAAUCAAACUGGACGGGUGCGUCGAAGAAAGGACCGCUUGGUAUGCAUACCGGACAACUUGAGUAUCGACUCAACUACAAAUCCAAAUGUGAUAUGGCGGAGAAAGCGACAACCGAGGUUGAAAAGCGUGUAAAUGAUAUAGAAUCUAAAGCAAUGCAAACAAUUAAAUUGCUCAAUGCACGCAUUGAGGAGCUACAAUUUCGACAUGAUGAAACCGUGGAGACAAUCAAAAAUUUUCAACUACACUUCCUCAAAGAUGAACGGGAUGUUGCUUUUCUGGAGACAGCUGGCGAGAAACAAAUCGAGCGUAAAUUUAAAAAAUUUGUCAACAAUUGGCUCAAAAAUGCUCGGGCGCUGUUGAGCACAAUGCGCCUGCGCAUCACAGCUUUACAUGAAAAUUGCCAACAACUACGAAGUGAUUUGAUUACCAAAUCCGAUCUAAGCGGUAUAUUGAGCGCUGUGGACUUUGAGCAACUGAUGAUAAAACGAAAUGAAUUACUCAACUCACUUGAUGAGAAGAACGCACAUAUGGCUGGGCUAAAGAGCGUCACAGGCAAAGCUUCGUUAGCCAUGUCCGAAGAGAAGCAAAUCAUGAUGAAUAUUGAAGAAGAAUCGAAAUCAAUUGCAAAUAAAACAAUCGAUGUGAUUAAGAAUGUUUCUCAGCUGGAGAAAGAGGCUAAAGCUGUGGAGGAGGAGAAUAAAAAGGAGUUGAAAGUGCUGCAGGCGCUAAAGGAACAAUUGGAACGUUAUCAGGCGCCUAGCGUAAAUCAAUAUGUUGAAAAAAAAGAUGAACUGCUGGUGUUGGAGAAGGAGGAAAAAAUGUUGCAACGAAAAAUUUACAUAUUAAAUAUGAAAUUAAAUAACGUAUACAAGCGUUGCACAAAAAUGUAGUGUUGCGCACGAAAAAAAACAUACUUAUUAUUAAAACUAUUGUAUA